AUGGGAAAAGAUACCUUUGAACUCGCUGGUCGCGAGUGGCCCAAAGUGUCAUGGUGGAAAAUGAAAGGAAUGCGAUUUGUGUAUCUCACCUUGUGGGCUGCCAUGAUCACAUCAGCUACAAACGGUUAUGAUGGCUCUUUGAUGAAUGGUCUGGAAGCGAUGACCAGUUGGAAUGAGUCAUACAACAACCCUAACUCUAGUACUCUUGGUCUACUAGCUGCGGCGAUGUCAAUCGGAUCGAUGCUUGCAAUCCCAGUUGUUCCCUACGUUGCUGAUAUCCUAGGAAGACGUGCGGGUGUGGUACUCGGAUGUGUGAUUAUGAUUUGUGGUGUGGCAAUGGUAUCCAUUGGUUAUCGUAUCGCGCUAUUUGUCGUUGGUCGGAUCAUUCUCGGAUUUGGUCUCGGUAUUGCACAGGAAUGCUCGCCUCUUUUGGUGGCGGAACUGGUUCAUCCACAACAUCGAGCUGUCUAUACUACUAUUUACAACUCUCUUUGGUAUGUUGGAAGUUUGAUUGGCGCCUGUGUUGCCCUGGGAACGAACCGCAUCCAACACAGUGAUUGGUCGUGGCGUGUACCCUGUCUUUUGCAGGGCAUACCGUCGAUUUGCCAGCUCGUUUUUAUAUGGACUGUUCCGGAGUCGCCUCGUUGGCUCAUCUCGAAAGGCAAAUUUGCCAAGGCGAAGAAAGUCCUGGCAUAUGUGCACGCUCAAGGAGAUGAAGAUGAUGAGUUGGUGAAUGUUGAAUUUGACGAGAUCAAGCAAACUAUCGAGCUUGAGAAGCAGCUUGAAAAUAACUCUUGGUCUGAACUGUGGUCUACCCCCGGGAACCGUCACCGUUCAAUCAUCUUGAUCUCCAUUGGCUUCUUUUCGCAGUGGUCCGGCAACGGCAUUGUGUCUUAUUUCUUGCCUAAGGUUCUUGCACUGAUCGGCAUCACUGAUAGUAACACCGUCUUGACCAUCAACCUGAUCCUCAGUGCUGUCAACGUCGUCUCCGCUACUGGUAUCUGCUUCUUUGUUGAUAAAUUUGGUCGACGCAAGCUCUUCCUGUCCUCUUGCGUCGGUAUGAUCGCUUGUUUUGCCUCCACAACCAUCGCUCUGGCUCGUUUCCAAUUAUCAGCCGACAACGGCGGAACGAACCAAACAGCCGCGAAUGCCGUCAUCGCUUUCAUAUUCCUGUAUUACAUAGCCUACAACAUUGGCUUCAGCGGUAUGCUUGUGUCAUACUCGUCCGAGAUCCUUCCCUACCAUCUCCGUGCCAAGGGUCUCACUCUGAUGUUCUUCUGCGUCGACCUGAGCUUGUGGUUCAACCAAUACGUGAACCCAAUCGCCAUUGCACACAUCAAGUGGAAGUACUACAUCGUAUAUUGUGUGUGGCUGGUGGUUGAACUUGUCGUAGUCUGGAAGUUCUACAUCGAAACCAAGGAGACUCCUUUGGAAGAAAUCGUUAAAUAUUUUGAUGGCGAUGGAGCUAUCAUUGGAGGCGCUGGUGCUUCGGAGAAGGUUCGUCAAUUAGCUGACGCAAUGGACGCUCCUGCAAACCAUGACUCGGAGAAAGUCGGCACCAUUCAGACCGAAGCCGUGCUUUAG